AUGUUUUAUCAAGGUGACCUGCAAAGCGGGAUUGCUCUCGCCGUGCGCGAAGCCAAGUCAGUCGUUUGUUUUGUUCGUGACGAUCAGGAUGAAAGCGCCAAGUGGGAGAAUGAAUACUUUGAAGAUGAUAUAAACCAGUUACUAUCAGACAACUCGGUCACGCUCCGUCUCACCGCUGGCACUCAGGAAGCCGGGUUUCUGACCUCGAUAUGUCCGAUUCAGGCCUUUCCGGCUGUGCUUGUGAUAAUGAAUGGGGUGGUUCAGGAUUAUAUUGCUGCAGGCACGCACAAGGAAGAUUUCCAGACGCGGUUGAAGACGGCUGUUGUUAAUCGCAAUGCACAACAACCAUCGACUUCCACUACCACUAGCACAGAGACGACGAGUGAUGCGAAUCAACAGCCACCGGUUGCGUCCAGCGUACCUACAGAACCAUCGUCACAACCACGACAAGUGACCACCAACGAGCAAAGACCCGUUGAGACAACACAGCCUGCAAGACCGGCACCACAGCAAACCCAAACAGACAAAAAAGAAAAGGACCGGCGUGCACUGCAACUCAAGCUCCAGCGCGAAAAGAUGGAACAAAAAGAAGAACGAGAGCGAAUCCGAAACCAAAUCAAACAAGACCAAGAAGCUCGCAAGCAACGCUCAGCCGAAGAACGAAACCGGUCUAAGACGGCAGCUGCUGCUGAGACCCAGGGUACUUCCACUGUACCUGCUGCAGCACAGAAUACCAGUGGUACUGCAUCAGCAAGAAAACCCGUCUCAGAGUAUCGCCUGCAGGUUCGUCUGUUUGACGGCAGCUCUGUUCGCGCCAGUUUCCCGCUCUCGGCAACAAUACGCAAAGAUGUCCGUCCCUGGCUGGAGGGCCAUCGAGGUGGUGACUCGCAGCCUUAUAAUCUCAAACACAUCUUGACUCCGCUUCCAAACUACACCAUCUCCGCCGCCGAAGAAGAACGUGCUCUAGAAGAGAUCGGCCUAGGACCUACAGCCAGCCUUGUCAUGGUGCCCGUGCCAUCCUACAUCGAGGCAUAUGCCUCUCCAUCAUUGACAGAUAGCCUUCCCGGCCGAGCAGUAUCAGCAGGCUAUGGUCUGGUCUCGGGAGUAGUUGGAGGUGCUGCUGGUCUUGUCGGGUCGUUUUUGGGGAUUGGCGUUUCUGCUGCUGCUGCUGUGUCUUCUAGGCAAGCGGCAACGAGCUCAUCAGACGACUCGAAUCAGUCGACAGCUACCUCCUCAAGACCGACUCCAAGGAUGACUGGUGGUGGAAUCAAUGUCCGCACGUUGCGGGACCAAGAGCAGGAUAGAAAUGAGUUCUAUAAUGGGAAUACUCUGAACUUUGAGCCCAAGCGAAAUGAUGAUCACAAGAACGACUAA